CAACAGUACUUCCUUUUCAUGAUCAUCAGGCGCUGCGCGCAACAAAACUUUAUUAAGGUACUAAUUCAUUUGUUUAUAGACACAAGUUUCUCUCUCCACUAAGCAUUAGCUCCAUCUCUCCCUUUCCGCCUCUUUUUCUCCUUGUUGAUAUCACAACGACGUACUAAUUAACAGCACAUAUAUAUAGUAGUUAGCAUAUUAAGAUUAACUGAUGGAGGAAAUGUUCAAAUUUGGUUACUCGGAUGAUCAUAAUAUGCAGGCGGCAUAUUAUGGAUCCGUCCCCAUGGGAUAUGGAUCAGCUACUAAUUCAGUAGUUGAGACUUCUUCUAAUUUACAAGAAGAUAUUCAAGCAAAGAUCUCUUCUCAUCCUUUGUUUCCUAAGCUUCUUCUUACUUACAUCGACUGUCACGAGGUAGGAGCACCACCUGAGAUUGGUAAAAUGUUUGACAAUAUUGUCCAAGAAAAUGAUCUUCAUAGGAGAUCAAGCAGCAGCAGCAGCACUGCCUUAAAUGGACUGAUCAGCGACGAUUCUGAGUUAAAUGAUUUUAUGAGAACUUACUGUGAUGAGUUAGCUAAGUUCAAGUCCAAUCUGGAAAGGCUUUUAAAUGAAGCAACUACUUUUCUUAACGAUAUUCAAGCUCAACUUAGCAAUCUCUGCACGACAAGCAAUAUCUCAGAGGAUGAAGAAGGAGCGGAAGCGGAGGAUGGUUAUACAAUUGGUGGUGGUGGUGGAGAGGCUAAUAAUGAUCAGAACAAGAGUACUAGUGAUGAAAUGUGCUGGAGGAGUGAAAUAAAGGACAAGUUAAUGAGCAAGUACAGUGGAUAUAUAAUAAGUAGUCUAAAGCAAGAAUAUUGCAAGAAGAAUAAGAAGGAAAAACUCCCAAAAGAAGCAAGGGAGAUAUUGCUAAACUGGUGGACUACUCACUACAAUUGGCCUUAUCCUACGGAAGUAGACAAAGUAUGUCUAGCUGAAUUAACAGGUUUAGAUCCAAAGCAGAUUAACAAUUGGUUCGUUAAUCAGCGGAAACGUCACUGGAAACCUUCAGAAAACAUGCAAUUUGCUGUUAUGGAAACUCUACAUGGUCACUUUUCUCAGUAAUUUAUAGCAUAGGAAAGUAUAUCUCUUUCCUGAAAUGUUUCUUAGAAGACAUUUUAACUUGUUCUUGGUAACAAAAUUAUCCUAAUUCAAUUACCUGAUCUGAUUACAUCAGGAAUAAUCUUUAUCGUUCA